CCUCCAACAAAUUAAUCAAAUUACUUGUCUUGCUGAUCAAACAGGGUCACCUCACCCCCAGCAGAUUUAUUACUCUGUCUCUUCCUACAUUAGCAAGAUUACAGCAAUUACACCCAUUUUUUGCAGACUGUUACUCAACAUUCGUUUUGUCCAAGAUAGCAAGAAUCUCAGAGAGAAAUAUGUAUUACAGCAAGAAACUUCAGGAUGAAGUAGAUUCGGACUGGAUCUCGGAGUUGCCACAGCAUAUAAACCACCAUAUACUAUCACUCCUUCCCAUAGAAGAUGCUAUUCGAACAUCCGUUCUGUCCAAGACCUGGAAAAGUGUAUUCUCUUCGUACAACAUUGUGCAAUCGUUGCAUUUUGACCAGAAUUUAUUUGCUUUGGAACUACUAGUUUCUGCUGAAAGUGGACAAGAGCCUACAGUCCAGGAAUUAAGGGACAGCUUCAUGAAGUUUGUGAAUAAUUGCUUGUUAACAAUCAAGCAACAAGAAUCACCAGUUCUAAAAUUAACACUGAAUGUGGUUGUUUUUAAUGCUGAGUCUUCUGAUCUUGAUAGGUUGAUGAAUCUAGUUAGACAGAUUAAGGUUGAGGAGUUGUGCAUUUUUGUUCAAACAAAAGCCUCUUGUUGGCAUGAUUGGUAUGAUGAAAGGCAUGAGGAGGAUACAUGUUAUGAUUUUCCGUACCCGGAAAUAGUUUUUUCUUCAAAAUGGUUGCAGUCUCUUACUGUACGAGGUUGUCGAUUAUCAUUGACUGCUGGAAAUUAUGUGGUCGGGAUGUAUUCUUCUCUGCGACACUUGUGGCUCUCACGUGUUUUGGUGGCGGAUGAGGAAACAUUAACCAACUUGGCAAGUAGUUGCCCAUGGAUUGAAAUUAUAGAGUUCGAAUCUUGCACUUUUGGGAUGGAAACUCUCACGCUUUCAAUAUUUCAUAAGCUAAAGAAUGCCUCUCUUGCAGAUUGGAUGUAUGGUCAGAUUUUGGAAGUUGACAUAAAAGAAAGUGUAAACCUUGAGAGUUUCCAUUGCAGUGCUCCUGAUAUGGAGUUAUCGCUCAACUCAGCCUCAGGUGGUGGACGUAAUAUCAAGGAGCUGACGUUAUUAGAAUCCCGUUUCUUAUUUGAAGACCUUACAGCCAUUUUUCCCCUUCUUGAGAAAGCAAAUAUUGAGAUAAAAGACAGUGAUAUAGAUUGGUUCAAAGCAGCUAAUUAUCAUCUAAGGAAGUUAAGAAUAAAAUGUAAUACUAAACUACAAGAGAUUCAUGUUGAUUGUCCGAAUUUGAGGUAUUUCAAAUACAGAGGUCGUGGUUGUGAGAAGGUUUUUGUCGAUUGCCCAAAUCUAAGGGAGUUGCGCUAUAAGGCGGUCCAAGUGCCAUCAUCACUUGAACUUAACAUACCAACUGAUAAAUGUGUUGUUCAGUUCCUUUUCUAUCUUGAUUGUAAGUUCAACACAUCGUGGUUCGUCUGGUUAAAGGUAUUUUUGAAACAUAUAGCAGGAAGAAAAAUAUAUUUGAGCCUUGCGUCUUUCUCAGGGAUAGAGGAGGAAUAUGUACUCAAUGAAUUUGGAGCAACAAUUCAGCCUUCCCAACAGAACAAGGUUCACCUUACAGUGGCGAUGCAAAAGAGUAGCAUAAAUCAAGCUUUCGUGGAUCGUCUAAUUUGGAGCACCUAUCCAACUACCUUGACUAUACAUGGCGGAUGUGAUAUUGUUGAGUACUUGUGUGAAAUAUUAGCUAGCAAAUGCCGAGAUGGUUGUUGUUGUAAGCAGUUUUGCAUUAAAUGUUGGUGGCAUAACGUAGAAGAUGUUAAAGCUAGUAGCGGAACUGAAGACAUGAAAGAGAAUUUAGCGUCUAUGGUGGAGAUGCAUAAAACAAGUACAAACAAGUCUUCUUUCACAUUUAAGUGGCGCUUUGAAUCUCCCUUGAAUGGUUCGUAGCAAUGUGCUUGCUAAUAUGUUUGAUAUCUAAGAGCUUAAUCAAAGACAUGAAAGAGAAGUUAGCAUCUAUGGUGAGAUGCACAAAACAACUAAACAAGUAAAAGGGAGUCUUGUAUUACAUUUAAAUGGCAAUUUGAUGAUUUCGAUUGAAUGUUUCAUGGCAAUGUGCUUGCUGGAAAUGCAUGAAUCCAUUAAACUUAGUAGGUUAUUGUCUCCAAUAGUAUGAUCAAGUAUUAUACUCAUUUAAUUUUUGCAGUCAGAAUUCUAUGCAAGUUUUUAGAUAUUUUGAAGAAAUUUUGUAAGGCCCUAAAGUCGUAAAAUGGGCUGAACUAAUCUGAAUUGAUACUGUGAUCGAUUUUCAUCCCUUCCUUGUGGCUCAUUUGCAACGAAAAAAAUG